GGUGCACCUGUCCAGGUGAGCUACUCCCAGACGUAAUGUGACGCUGCUGCUCUUCAUCACACUUCAGAGGGAAACAGUUUCUCCGUCUCCGAAGGAAAUCAGGUUGUUUCUCGGCUCGGUGGAUUUAAAGGAUCUUCCGUGAUGGAUAAACUGAAGUCUGUCCUCAGCGGCGAAGAGGCGCGUAAAGAUGAUCGAACCGUCCUAGAGACUGUGAACGAAGCCUCCACACUGAGCUGGACCACACGAGUGAAGGGAUUCGUCGCCUGUUUCGUGGUGGGGGCCGCGUGCACGGUGGUGGGAGUGUGUUUGCUCUUCCUCCCCAGGAUUGGAAUCACCCUCUUCAUCGUCUUUUACACUUUUGGAAACCUAUGUGCCUUGGGCAGCACUAUGUUUCUGAUGGGACCACUGAAGCAGCUGAAGAAGAUGUGUGACAAAACAAGAGCACUGGCCACCGCUAUUAUGAUUACCUGCCUGGUGUUGACUCUAUGUGCAGCUUUCUGGUGGAAGAACUUUGGACUUGCUUUGUUAUUUUGCAUCUUACAAGUCUUGUCAUUUGCCUGGUACAGCCUGUCAUACAUCCCAUUUAUGAGGGAGGCCCUAAUGAAGAUCUUGGCGGUCUGCAUGAAAUGAGCAGCGUCCUCUUGCUGAACUUGAGGGAAAUCGGCGUGUCUCUUAUUGAUUUUAUUAUGAUAUAUUUGUAUUGUUCUGCUUCAGAGUCUGUGACUCUUAUUGCUGCUCAGCCCUCCUCUGUUAAUACGUGAACAUCACAUGUUUUUAUCUCUUAAGUAUGUCUCCUUUUCCACUUUUAAUUUAAUGGAUUAAUUGAUUGCAGUGAAUGACGAUGCUAUUGAUGAAUCAAGCUGUUCAGACCCAGUUUUACAUGUGGAAGCAUUUUGUAAUAUAUGUAAAUAUUUGUAAUAAAUUAUUGUAAUUUUUUUGGUAAAUUACUACAUCAACUUCAUUAUUUUCAUCACCGAGAGAAAUAAAUUUAAGCACAGGAAAUAUUUUUAAGCUUCUGAAAUUAGUUAAAAACAUAAAUCUCUCAAGUCUUAAGUGCUGUAGCAGAGCAAAACGUGUACAUCGUCCAACAUGCUUCCAAAAAUUUAUUUUGAUUGAUAUAAUUCGUUCAUACUUCUCCCAAAUACUUUUUUUUUAACAUUUUUUAUAUUUAGCCUGUGAAACACAAAUAUACCUAAGUUGACAGAUACAUAUCCUGAUUUACUGUUAAAUACCAUUAUUUUGGUCUUGAAUAUGUUAAAAAGAUAUUUAAAGUAUGGCUAAGAGCUUGAAAAUGUGUCGACAGAGAAGAUUAAGAAUCACUUCAUAAUUAUGGACUUGCUCUUGAUGGUCUCUUUUAAAGGUAUUUAAAAUGUAUCUUUUUGACAUUUUUUGCUUAUCUGAAAUCUAAAACCUUGUUCUUAUGCUUAAGGACAAUAUGUUAAAGAUUGAAGCUCCAUGAUAUUCACAAUAAACGUAUAAAUUACCAAAA